CACGUAUCUCCUGCACUAUUCGGAUGAAGAUUAGAAAUUGAAAAACUCAACCACGUAAUCAGCUUUGUGCACAGUGAUAGGGCACGAUCAUUUUUUGGACUCUGAAUACUCUCUCAAUAUUUCUGUGGGCAGUCAGCUUUGAACCCAUUGCUGGAGAAAAGUGAUUCAGAAUUUUGGAUGUGAUUCUGUUCAUAUUUUUGGAUCUCUUGGUAAAUAAACGAUGGAUUAGGAAUUGAUUUCAAUUGCAGAUUUUUGGAGAGAACAUAAAGGGAUGGUUAGAGCAUAUUCCCAAGAACACACUUACAAGCACCCAUGGGAACGAGUCACGGCAGCAUCAUGGCGCAAGUUUGCUGACCCUGAAAACAAACGCACUCUAUCACACAUCCUUGAGGUUGACACUUUGAACCACAGGCUGGACCCCAGUUCCGGGAAGCUGUACACAACUCGAGCCAUCACUAUUCAUGCUCCAGGACCAUGGUUUGUUCGCAAGAUCAUUGGUCAGGAUAUCUGCCACUGUGUUGAAUCAACAGUCGUCAAUGCACAAUCUCGGUCAAUGCAACUUGCAACCCGUAAUAUCAGCCUCCAGAAGUUCAUUGAAGUGGAAGAGAAGAUCAGAUAUGAACCCCAUCCCGCGAACCCAAUUGACUGGACCAUUUGCAAGCAGGAAACGAGCAUACGGAUAAAGCCCUUGUCAACUCUGGCAUCAAUGGCAGAGAAGAUAGAGCAGAGAUGUGUGGACAGGUUCCAACAGAAUAGUGCUAAGGGUAGAGAAGUUAUGGAGAGGAUCUGCAAGUAUCUUGAAGCUGAAUCCCGCGGAAUUUCUCUCAGAUCGUGAUUUCUUGCUCUAAUACGGAAAAGAACUGCGUUGUAGACUUCUAGUUGUAAUAGUCCAGCAUGUGGAGAAUGUGUUCUAAAGUAGAACUUCAUUGUGUAUCUCUCCGAAUCAUUAGCUAUGCUUUCUUAAAGGAAUGAAUCUUGGAGGUAACAUAAGUAACAAAUAAAGAUACGUGGGCAGUUUCUGAUAUAGCUAGUCGGCUAGCCUUGUGAUGUUUUGACCCCUACUCCUAACGAGAAAAUUGGCAAUAUUUUCAAGGAUAA